AUGGAAACCGUGUGUAAAUUGCGGAGAAGGUUUGGAAUGGGGUUGUUGUUUCGAAGGACAGCGGUCAGGGAAAGAAGACCUCCGAGACGGACGAACGGUGACUUUCCUUGCUCGGAGAAUGCGCUGUCCUACCUGUCCGUGAUCAAAGCAACGCCUCAGUUUCGAAUCGAGUUCCACCGACAGCAGGGCGAAAACCCCCCCAAAAAAAAAAAUCACACCAUGGUCUUUCAAUAUCUGCUUCUAUUUCGUUUUGAAGAGAGCCUCGACCCCGGGUUAUCUACUGCGAUCACUUUUGCAAAGUGCCACGUUGCAACCUCACCCCCGUUCGAUCCGCCGUUUUUGCGACUGCCUGCUAAAGAAGAAAAUGAGGCGCAUGAAACAAGCUACACCCUGCGCGCAACCUGGCCCCUCACAUCUUCUGAAUCGCCAUUUGGAUUGUGGGAGGAGAGGCGGAACGCUGACUCGUCGAAAUCACAUCAGGAUGAUCUGCAGUUUCUGAUCCGGGGUCCAGGGGAUGAAUCCUCUGGAAUUCUCGAUUUGUCGGAAAGACUUCGCCAGUGGAGGUCAGCUUUGGCUUCCGGCUAUGGCUACCGGCUAUGGCUACCGGCUAUCGGCACAGGCGACAGGCUGCAUCUGCAUCAUGCCGGCAGACGGGCGUUUGAGAACGAAUCAGUGGCCGGAGCCUCGCUCGCUGUCGACACCAGGAGCGCGCUGAUCGGGGUCGCGGAGAAUGAUGACUGGUGGUUGCGUUGGAGUGCCAUGAGAAAUAUUGAGAAGCAGGUGAGAGCCCACCGAAAUUCGCAGAGACAGGACGAAUGCCCAAUGUCGUUAACAUUAUCUCCUUGGGGAACUCAGGACAUGACUGGGAAGCUGAGAUCUGAGACGUGCGAGACGAGAAGAUCGGAAGCGAGCGAGAAAGAUGAAGCUUAG